AUACACAUUCCAUCUACGGUCACACUGCAGUUGCAGUGCAAUUUUCUGUUGUACAUUCUGCGAAAAAAGUUUCUAAAUUAACAAUUUAAGCAAGAAGGGUGCAAUAAAAAACCAAAGACACAAUGGAGGCCGUGCCACGUCUGCACAUGCUAUGGUUUGCACUCAAAUCUAGCCCAGAAGGCACAUCUUUUGCGCCUUUAAAAAAGUACAUAGCAGAGUUUUACCAUGAAGAUCCGGAGGCGUUUUCUAAGGAGGUUCACGCCUUGGAAACUCUGCGCAAUCAGGCAAUGCGCACGACCAAAGAUGGAGCUCCUAUUAUGAAGCGCUACUAUUGCCAGCUGCAUGCGCUGCAGAAUCGGUUCCCACAGCUUUCGGAGCGCAGCAUCUUUACAUUUACCUGGAAAGAUCUGUAUCACAAUGCAGUGCAUGAGGUGAGCGACAUGCGCUACGAACGCGCCGCCGUUCUCUUCAACAUUGCCGCCUCUCACACACAGUCGGGCGCCUCUGUGACGCGCGGUGAUAUUGAUGGCAUGAAAAUGGCCUGCACCCAUUUUCAGGCCGCUGCUUGGGCCUACAAUGAGUUAAGGGAACGCUACGCGAAUGUGAAUAGCGGCUCUGAUUUUAUGACCAACGAACUGUUAGUCUUUCAGCAGCAGGUAUCUCUUGCUCAGGCACAGGAAUGCAUACUGGAGAAGUCUCUAAUAGACAAUCGGAAGCCACAUAUUGUCGCCAAGGUGACGGCGCAAAUAGUCGUCUACUACGGCGCUGCUUUGGCUGCCCUGCUCACUGGCGGCGAUGAUGGCCCCAUCGCUCAAGUCAUCGAGAGCUCUGUCUACAAGCUAUGGAAGAAAUAUGUGAAAUUUAAGAUCAACUAUCUGCACUGCAUAUUGUAUUUGUAUCGCGGUCAACAGGCGGAGGAACAACGCAAAAUGGGCGAACGUUUGACGCUUUACCAGGCCGCCUGGGACAAAUUGGAGGAGGCUCGCAAAGAGUCGAAAGGCCUGCCAGAUCAAAAGGAAAUCAAUGAAUCACUCAGCUUUACCGCCGAUGUAGUCGAGGGAAAGCGAAAAAAUGCCAAAAACGAAAACGAAUUCAUCUACCACGAGGCGGUGCCAGAGUUAUCAACCAUUGCUGCUGUGCAGGGCGCAAAUCUGGUGAAUGGCAUUGGCUUCUCUGUCACAGAUGAGGAAUAUGCCGGCGCUGAUAUAUUUGCUCGAUUAGUACCAAUGAAGGCACACGAAGCCAGCUCCAUGUACAGCGAGGAGAAGGCCAAAUUGUUGCGUAAAUAUGGCGCUUUGCUGGAGGAGAAAGAUACACAGCUGGAUAGCUAUAUGAGCUCGCUUACCCUAGACAAUCUCAACAUUAACGAGGAGCAGGCAAAUAAGCUGCCGCAGGGCAUUGUCGAUCGCUGUGCAGCGUUGCAUGCCAAUAAGACAGCCAUCAGUGAUCUGAUUGAGGCCAUGUCACAGCUUGCAGAGAUAACAGCAGAUGUGGAGACCAAUCUAAGUGAGCUGACGCAUAUGCUUGAGGCGGAAGCGCAAGCGGAACGAGAAUUUCAAACAGCCAGCGGCGUGCAGCGAACGCCAAAUGCUCACAUUACGGAAUUGACUCGAGAGUUUCAGAAAUAUAGCGAAGCGCAUGCCCGAGCUGGCGAAUCGAACAACACGCUGCGCAAGGCGAUGAGCUUACAUGUGAAUAAUCUGAAGAUAUUGGCCCGGCCGCUGCAGGAGAUACAGCAGCUGAUGCCGAAGCUCAGCUCGGAACUGAAUACCACAGAGAUCUUUAAGGAUGUCAAGCUGAUCGUGAACAAGGUGAACGAAAUGAAGGCGCAACGUGCGCAGUUCCAUGCGGAUUUGCGUAUUGCCAUCAAUGAGGAUGACAUCACGACAAAGGUGAUUGCUCAUGGCGGACAGGAAGGUCUCCAGGCGCUCUUUGCCACGGAGCUAGCCAAGCACGAUCGCCUCACCCAGCUGCUCGAUCAAAAUUUGCUGGCGCAGCAAAACAUACUGCAGGCUCUCACCGAGGCCUAUGCGCGUGCGGCGCCUGUGCUGAAGACGCUGCAGGAUGUCAAACAGAAACGCGAACAUUUCUACAGUUCACUCGCAGCGUCCUAUGAUGUUUACGAAGAUCUGUUGGCCAAGUCGGCUAAGGGCCUGGAGUUCUAUAAGAAGUUGGCGGGCAAUGUACAGAAGCUAUUAACGCGCUUCAAGUCCGCACGCGAUGUCCAAUCCGAGGAGCGGCAGCAGCGCUUGCAGAGCGUCAAGGCACCCGCUCCCAGCAAGCCAGAAGUUACGCCCACUCCAUCGAGUGGAGCGCCUAAGCUGCGUGAUUAUCUAAAGGCCAAACAAAGCGGCUUGGGCACUGUCACAAGCGCACUCGAUGCUGCGCCCUAUGUGCCCAAUGUUCGUCCAGUGCCCGUGGGCUCGGAGAAUCCUACACAGGCUGCUUGCUCGGCCUAUGCCAGUGCACCGCCGCCCAAUGAGCCGCCGCCGCCCUACAGUCUGCAGCACCAGCAAUACUACGAUCCCAAUGCCGCUGGCUAUACCAAUCCCAUGUACCAGCAACAACAACAACAUAUUGCGCCGCCCGCAUACAAAGCGCAGGCCUCGCCCAACUCUCAAUCGCUGCACAGCGCCAUGGCACAGCUCAGCUUGCAGCAACAACAACAGCAGCAGCAGCAGCAGCAAUCGGAGCCAAUGACAUCCUAUGGCCAGCAAUCGCAAUUGCCCUAUGGCUACAACUAUCCAGCGUCUGCCGGCUCACCUGCUUCGCAGAAUUACAACUAUCAGCAGCCGCUCUAUGUGGCCACAUCCACGCAGCCUAGCGACACAUCGAGUUAUGCACUGCCGCAGUCACAGCCUGUGGGCUAUGCUCAGCAGCAGACACAACAGCCGGCUUAUCCAACAGCUGGGGUUGCCACGCCGCAAGCCUCAAGCUUCGCGCAGCAACAACAAAUGUCGAUGUACCCGCAACCAGCUGCGGGCUAUGCUCAGCAGGCGCAGACAAUGCCUCAACAAGCAGCCAGUUAUGCUCCCUCACAGAUGCAGUCGCAAGCAACCCAACAAGCAGCCAGUUAUACGCAGGCACAGACGCCUCAACAACAAGGCAGUUAUCCCCAGACGCAGACAGCUCAACAGGCAGCCAAUUACUCACAGUCCCUGACACCUCAGCCAGCAGUCAGUUAUCCUCAAUCUUCGACACCUCAGAUGACAGCCAGUUAUCCCCAAGCUUUAACUACCCAACAAGCUGCCAGUUAUUCACAAGCCAUUCAGCAGCCGCAAAUUGGAGCUCAUGCGGCUGCUACGCAGAUACAGCCGCAACCACAGUCGACUGCUUAUGGGCUUCAACAGACACCUCAACAGUCUGCAUCUAUGCCGUUUGCUCAGCAGCCGACUCCACCACCACAGCCUGUUUUAUAUCCCUCGCAAAUAACACCACAAUCAACAGCAGUGGUUCAGGCCACGCCUGGUCUACCUACAGUGGCUCCAGCUGCCUCACAAUAUCCAGUAGGCAGCGCAGUCUCCAGUAUUGAGUCAAACAACUAUUUAAGCUACUCCAAUCACCCUGGCUACAGCUUCAAUCCGCAGACAGGCUUAUUUGAAUACAGCAGCGGCUAUCAGCAUGAUAGCAAUAACAUUCCAAAGGCAGCGCAGGGCUUUGGCCAAUUCACGCAAAGCGGACAGCAGGUAGCUGUUGUGGGCACCACGGACUCGGAGCAAGCCAAUCGCAGCAGCUUGGCCACGGGCUUUGAUUCGCCCAUUGUUUCGCAUGCAAAGGCAGCAAAUGAAGCCCAGGCACCAAGUCAACCAGCUGAGCCGGCUAUGGGCAACUAUUAUACACCACCGUAUGGGUAUCAUUCACACACACAACAGCAGCAGCAGCAACAUCAGCCGCAGCAACAACAGCCGCAGCAGCAGCAGCCGCAGCAGCUACAGCAGGAACAGCAACAACAACAGCAACCUGCUGCAACAACUGUAACAACCUCCAACAACCAAAAGUCAUCAAUUUAUAUGCAGAGCGGUGGCAGCAGCAUAGCCAAUACACAGACGACCACUAGCAGUGGCUAUGCCUCGUCCGCAUUGCAGACGGCAACCAAACCCACAGCUGCUGAUGCUAGCAAUGUGGAUUUGCUGAGCGAUCUGGACUUGGAUAGUGCAGGUGCUGUGCCGCUGCCGCUGCUACAGCCGCAAAUUGUGACGACUCCUACUCCGCCGGCUUCAGUGGUUGAUUCAGUGCCUGCAGGCGAGUCCACUGUGGAUGUCAGUCCAACAGCCGCUGUUGCUGGCGCUACUGCUGGACUCUCGCCUGUAGCACUGCCAUUAUCAAUUGUUACAACGCUGCGUAAAAAUAGUAUUGAUAAUCUUUCCAUUAACUCAGAUUUGAGCUCAUUAGAAAAUUUCGACUGGGAUUCAGUUUCCCUAACACAUUCCGUCAGCGAAAAGCAACAGGCACCCAAUGGAUACCCUCUCAUAUCAUUCCAAAUGCGACCAUGCGAUCCAUUUGCUGAUGAUAAGACAUUGAAAUACUUUCACAAGGAAGUGGAGAGCUAUGAGAAGCUGGUUGAAAACCUGCACGUCAAGAUGCUGAAUGGCAACACUCAGCUGAGUAGCAAAUGGCUCGAGCUGCAGCAAAAGCUGGAGAAGGAUACGAGCGUGAAGCGAACGACGACUAUAGCUAAGCUGUUUCCCGAAAAGAAUCGAUCACUCGACUGUCUACCGUACGACCAUGCGCGCGUCAAGCUGGACAAGCAAACGGAUGACUAUAUCAAUGCGGCUUACAUGAAGAGCCUCAGCGCCGGCUGUCCAAACUUUAUUGUGUCCCAAACACCGCAAGCGAAUACAAUUAACGAUUUCUGGUCCAUGAUUUGGUCCGAAAAGUCACGUACUGUCCUUUGCCUGCACACAACCAAUGAGCUCUUUGAUCCCUAUUGGCCACAGCUGCUUAAUCAGGCUGCACACUAUGAUGACUACACAGUGAAUUGCACUAAGAUACAGCAGCUUAGCCACUGUACGGAAUACCAGCUGAAGCUAUCCAUGCAUGGCGCUGAUGCUGUACUCGACUUAUCCCUGCUACAGCUCAAGCAAUGGACCAAAGCUUCGCCCACUCAAUUGUUGGGCAUAGCACAGAAUGCAUUGCAGACGCAUCAGGAGCGCUGCCUAGAUGCCAAUACUCCCACAUCGCCGCUCAUUCUGAACUGUUUAACGGGCUCGGAACGCUCUGAGCUACUGGCAAUAGCAAUUUGUGCCUUGAUGGGAACACAAAACAAACGACCUAUUUUGAUAAAUGUGGUCGAUGUAUGGUCCCGCAUUUGUAUGCAGCGUCAAAAUUCGCUUCGAGAAGCUGCUAUCCUGGAGCAAUCCAUGCAAAUAGUAUUGAGUCAUGCUCACGAAGUGCUAAAUAAACGUGGCAUCAUAACCUCAUAUCAAAUGAAAAUGGCACCUCAGGUGACGGCCAAGGAGCAGCAGGAGACCAAGGAUCCAUUAAACGAAUUGGAUGCUCUAUGGAAAAUGAAAUAAACGACUGAACGCUUGCUACGCAACGUUGCUUAAAUACAACAAUUUAUACACACUUGAAUCAAAAUGAUAAAGUUUAUAAUAUUUAUACAAUGCUAUUUACUACUACUAUCAACUACCUAAACAUAUUUAUACACGCAACUCAAUGAUUGUUGCAAGCAAUUGAAGAGUAAAAUUCGUUUUGAAGCUAAGGAAACAUUGUAUUUGUCCUGCUAUUACUGUUAUAUAAAAUGUAUGUCAAACUAUGGUGAUGUUUAUUAAUGCUGACUAUAUCUAUAUCUAUAUAUAUCUAAUCGAAAACGUUUACGAAACCAUGUGUAAAGAUGCGCGCAUCUAAAGGCAAAUUGUCAUCGGGCAAAAUAAUUAAUAAACGUUAUUAAAAAUAUAAA